UCCACAGGGUCGCACUGAGAACUCGCGCUAGUUGACUUCCGGUGUGGGCCCCCUGCGCGUGCGUGCGCGCUCGAUCCCGGGACGUGGUACUGGCGGGCGGCUGGCGUCUUCUGUGUGCGCAGCUGAGGGCGGGCUUUUCAAAUUCCUGUGUGGAGAGUGGCGACGGCCUCGACCGUUGGCGUUGGAGAUGGAGGGGCAGACGCAAUGGGGGCGCGAGUUCUGCCCGGCGGGGCUUCGCGCUCGGCAGGACUGCAGCAUUCAAGAGAAAAUAGACUUAGAAAUUCGAAUUCGCGAAGGAAUAUGGAAACUUCUUUCCCUGAGCACUCAAAAAGACCAGGUUUUACAUGCAGUUAAGAAUCUCAUGGUGUGCAAUGCUCGAAUAGUGGCUUAUACAUCUGAGCUGCAGAAAUUAGAAAAGCAGAUUGCAGACCAAACUGGACAAUGUGAUAUGAAUUUUGAAAGCAGAAAACGAACAGCAUGUAAAGGAAAGCUUGCCAUAUCAGAUAUUCGAAUACCACUAAUGUGGAAAGACUCUGAUCACUUCAGCAAUAAAGAAUGGUCUGAGCGCUAUGCUAUUUUUUGUUUAUUCAAAUUGGAAGCUGAAGUUUUUGAUACUGACGUGCUGAUUGUGGAUAAAACAGUUACAGAUAUAUGUUUUGAAAAUAUAACGAUAUUUAAUGAAGCGAGACCAGACUUUAAAAUAAAAGUGGAAGUGUAUAGUUGCUGUGUAGAAGAAUCUUCCAUAACCAACACACCAAAAAAACUAGCUAAGAAAUUGAAGACAUCUAUAAGUAAAGCUACAGGCAAGAAAAUAAACUCGGUGCUGCAAGACGAGAAUCAUGAAUCAGACUUGUUCUUCAGUUCUUCUAUUUCUGGUGUAAAGUAUCACUUGCUAGCUCGUACUACCCUAACCUUGGAAAGUGCUGAGGAUAGCUUCAAGACUCAUAAUCUGUAUAUUAACGGAAAUGAGGAGUCUUCAUUUUGGCUUCCCUUAUAUGGCAACAUGUGCUGCCGAUUAGUCGCCCAGCCAGCUUGUAUGGCUGAGGAUGCAUUUGCAGGAUUUCUUAAUCAGCAGCAAAUGAUAGAUGGUCUAACUGUUUGGAGAAGGCUGUACUGUAUUUUGAGAGGGGGUAAACUGUAUUGCUUUUAUAGUCCAGAAGAAAUUGAAGCUAAAGUGGAACCCACCUUGAUAGUGCCCAUUCAUAAGGAAACCAGGAUUCGGGCAAUGGAAAAAGAUGCCAAGAAAAAAAUCCAUAACUUCUCUGUCAUUAACCCUCUUGCGGGACAAGCCGUAACUCAUGUUUUUGCAGUCGACAGUAGAGCAGAUCUUCAGAACUGGAUGGAAGCUUUCUGGCAACAUUUCUUUGAUCUUAGCCAGUGGAAGCAGUGUUGUGAAGAACUUAUGAAAAUUGAGAUUAUGUCACCACGGAAACCACCUUUGUUCUUGACAAAAGAGGCAACCUCAGUCUACCAUGAUAUGAGCAUUGAUUCACCUGUGAAACUUGAAAGUUUAACUGACAUAAUACAAAAAAAAAUUGAAGAAACAAAUGGACAGUUCCUUAUUGGUCAGAAUGAAGAGGUCUCACCACCUCCUUGGGGUGCAGUAUUUGAUGGUAAUCAUAAAAUGGUUAUCCAGAAAAAGGUAUUGUCCUCUGCAGGUGAGCAAUUACAUGAUGAGAAAAGGAAAAAGAGACGAGCUCCUCUUCCUCCUCCUGAUAAACCUCCAUUCAGCUUAAAAACACAGAGCAGCACAGAUCAGUCGGGUAAGGACACCUGGGGAAAUGCAAGUACGUCUCAGUCUUUGCUCUUGGAUACCAGACUGUCAACCCUAAAGCAUCACUUACAGAAACCAAUUGCUGCUCCUCGAAAACUUCUUCCUGCCAGGAAAAGUAGUUUAACUGAUGGUGAGCACACAGACACUAAAACCAAUUUUGAAACUAAGCCAGUGCCAGCUCCGAGGCAGAAAUCCAUCAAAGACAUUUUGGAUCCUAGAUCAUGGCUGCAGGCACAAGUAUGAAAAAUUCUUACUGUAUAAAACGUUGAACAGAAUGUAACUGUGAGGCCUAAUUCAGAGGCAUUGUGAAUGUUAUAUAAUUUUAUAGUAGUGAUUUAUAUAAAUAGUAACCUGUUAGGUAUAGAAAAUUUUUUUAAUAAUGAAAUGGAUUUCUUUUUUGUUUCUGAUUUUUCAGAUUGUAAGUGAUUUUUUUUUCCCCAUAGAGUGUAAGCAGCAAUUUCUAGACAUCCUAAUUGUUAGAAGGGUUAAUUUAUUCCUAAAUUAGUACCAAGCAAUGAAUAAGCACUAAAUAGAAGAAACCAUUAACAUUUCUUUUAGGGAGAGACUGCCUAGUAAUUUAAAAUGUGUUAAAUAUGAGCCAUAUUCUCAUUGUGAGAAUUUAAAUACUAAUGGAAUGUUUCAAAGGUUUUAUUCAAACCACAAAUUAUAGAAUCCACCCAAGAAAAUUUUCUUCUUAGCAUUCUGGAAUUCUCAUCUAAUGGUUCACUGGCUCUCAUCUAUUGUUUAACUCACUAGUUUAUAGAUUUGACCUUUUAAAUUCCUGGGAUAAAUUUUGGAAUAUUAAAUUCUUUGUCUUUAAAGGGAAUUUGUAAUGUGCUAUUCAAAGUCAUUUCCUUGAUGAGCCCUGAAAUCCUGUUGACAUUAACUUUCAUAAGUGAACCAUAACAUUUAUUAGUUCAGAGAAAUGGUAGAUGAAAUGUUCUUUAUGUCUACUUUUGUGUGUGUGGUGCUAAUUUCCAUUAUGACUUUGGAAUUUCAGGAAGUGAGUAGCUGAUUAACACCUUAAAAUUUAAUACUUAUUUGAAAAACAGAUGGCAGAUUUUUAAAAAUCAUAAAAGUUGGCCAUGGUAAUAAUUUUGAGGAUUAAUCCUUUUAAAAUUUUUAAUUAGUUUCCUUUUUCUGGUAAGGGUUGAUGUGUGUUAUUGAUACUAUUCAUUAAAAGUCAUAUUCUUACAACAAUAACACUGGAAUCAUUUCCAUAGGCGGUAAUUUCCAUAGCAACUAAUCAUAGGGACCCAAACAGGAUUAUGAAAUCAAGUGAAGAAUAAAUAACAAGAGGAUGAAUGUCUUAAAGGAAUAAAAAAAGUUCAUUUUUUGUAACAACACUUGUAAACAAGAGGAGAACAGUUUAAAAAAUCUAAUCAGAAUUUCCAAAUAAAAGUUUCCAUAAGGUGUCAGCAGCAGCACUAAAAUCUCAAAUCACACUGAACCCUAAAUGUCAUUGCAAGUAAAAAUAUAAAAAUUACUGCCCUGUGUAUAAUCUCUGGAGAUCUUUUUAAAGCUAGGAAGAGCUGUAUUUGGAUCAGAGCUACAUUUUGCAAAAUAAAAUGAACACUUGACCAAAAAAAGCAUUAAUUUAAAUGGAGUCUUUGUUAUUUUUAGAUAGCACAGGUUUUUUUUUCUUUUUUUUCAUUUAUAGAGCAUGAUGUAGCUGCCAGAUUACUUUGAACCUGACAAAAGAUCUCUUGUGUUAAUGACACCAUGGCAAACAUGGCAUUUGGUGAGAAGAAACUGACCUAAAAAGCUGAUUAUUUUUUCUACUGGAAAAGGCUCAUAAAUUUCUGUUGCAAUUGCCAUUUUGUUAAAUGAUAUAUUCAAAACCUAAGGGAUAUUAUUUGAAUUUUUAAUUUUUUAAAAAACUCACUGCAGUUUUUGACAGCAUUUAUGAUUGUCACUGCCAUUAAAUUUUUCAGCUAAAAGAUGCCACAGGCAAAAUUGUUUCUGAUAUCAGCAUCUAAGCGUCCCCCCCCCAAGUUGAUGCCUUCCUUUAUUACAAACCAGUAUUAAAACUUUCAAAUUCUAUUCUUGUCGUUUCUCCUGAUGUAAAUUAUAGCAGGAGAAUUUAAGUUGUACAGAAAAGAGAAUUUAUUCACAGAGAAAUUACCUAGCUGUUGUGUUCUCAGAAGGCAACUUGGAACCAGGUCUGAAGUCCUUUCUAGAACCAUUUAGGUGAAGCCUGCCUGUGUGCCACCCCUCCCUGCUCACCCCACCUGCCCACAUUAUUCUUUCUAUUUCUGGGAACCCAGCUUCCUGUAUGUUAGUGUUUUUAAAAGUCAGCCAGCAAUCUCAGCUAUGUCUUUUGAUCAUAGUGCCCAUUAAAUAAUAGUUUACCUGCUCCCUAAAAAGGAAAAUUAUAAUACAAAAUUGGAUUUUGCUUCUUCUGUCUGUCAUUCUUCUCCUCCCACUUCUAUUUUCCUUCUUUUGCAAUUUAAAAAAGUAUCUAAAAGUACUGAGUAAAACAUGUUAAGGUGUUCAUCAGAAAUAUUUGUUUUCUCAUUCCCUGAAGCAGAUGUUUAUGACAGAGAAAUAUACCGUGUAACAUGAAAGGUUUCAGGUGUUUUUUGAGCUGGCUUUUCACAUUCCUUGUUUGUCCUUUUAAUUUAUCACUGGAUUUAUGUAAACUUGAAGCAGUUUGCUGUCAGGUGUUGUUAUUACAAUUGGAGAACAUAAUAGGAAAAUAGAUAUUUAUGAUAUUAUAAUUUUGAUGAAGAUAAUGUCUUAGACAAUACAUUUACAUUUCAAGUUCUAGGGUACAAAUUACUCACAAUAGCAUUUAAGAUAGUAUUAUUUUUAAUUUCUACAAAGUGAUAAUUUUUUAAAUUUUAACAUCUUGCAAGGGCAAAGAAUUUUUUUCACUAAAAACACACACUUCCUAAAGUAAAUAUCAAGCAAGCAUGUCUUGUCUUGCUGAGUUUUGUCAAAUCUACCUUAACUGUCUGCUUUGCUCCCUAACUUCUUUUAAAUGGAUGUGAAUGUAUAUAGAAAACUAAAUUCACUUAUUAUAAAGGCCUUAUCUUUACCCUUUAGGGUACCACUAAAUGUCUUUUACAGUGGAAGCUGCCUUGAUUUAGAGACAACUCAUGUAAGGUAGGUUAAGCAGUCAAGUAUUUCUUUAGGCUUAUGGGCAGCACCUCAGCUACCUACUGUGAAGUUAAUUAAUUCAGUACAAAAUGAAAUUAUAGGGCAGUUUGGUGCAGUUUGUUAAAUGCCAUUCAAAUGUAAUCAUCUGUUACUAUGAAUGAGGAAAAACCGUAUUAGAUAGAGAAUGCUGUACCACGAACAAGAAGAGAAAUGCUUUUUAGGAAAAAAAAAAUCUCUGCUCAGAAUUUACCAAAUUCAGUUUUUUUUUUCCAGAGUGAAUUAUUGAACAGUAAUUAAACUUUAAUGACCAUUUAUGUUCUAGUAGUCGUUCUCAUUGUUCUACUAAACUGUAAUGUAAAUGGAGCUGACAUUUUGUACUUACAUUUCAAGGCAUUAUUUUUUAUUUUAAAGAGUAAAAACAAUAGCAUUACUCUUUUAAGUGUUUACAUGUUUAUUUUUAACUACUUCAUUCUAAUAAUAGUUAUAUGAAAAUUGUUCUGGAUUAUGCAGUUUUCUAGUUAACCCUGGAAGAGAUAUUACUUUGAGUUUUUAAAAGGCAAAAUUUCAUUUGAAAAUAUACUAAGGAAUUGUUUUCUGACAUGUUUGCAUUAUUAGCAUUGUUCAUAAUUUUUUAAUUGAAUGUGGAUAAAAUUUCUGUAUUAAAAAAAGUAUUAAUGUUAAAAUACUAAACAUAUUUGGUAAGGAAGCCUAAAUCAUGUGAUUAAAACUUCUGGUACAUUGCAGGAACUGAUUCAUGAAGAUAUUUGUUUUGGUUUGGUUUGGAUUUGGUUUAGAUUUUUUGUGAGACAGUGUCUUAGCAGAGCUGUAUAGUGUAGGCUAGCCUCAAAUUUGCUUAUGAAGCCCAGACUGGUCUCGAAUUUAUAUAAUCCUCCUGCCUCAGCCUUUAGAGGGCUAGAAUUAUAGACAUGUGCCACCAUGCCCAGCAAUGAGGCUAUUUUUUAGCAUUUUUCCUUGGAAUCUCUCUCUAAGGUAGACUGAUAGAAGUAGACAUUUUAGAGGAGGAUUUAGUGGUAGCUGGCUACUUGUUAGAAAACUAAUGCUCCAAUUACCCCCUGAUAUUUAACAUUUAUUUAAUUGUUUGCAUAUUGUUCUUCUUAAAGUGUACACAUUAUUAAGUGUCCAUCGAUACAACCUUAUUUUUAGAUUAGUGAUCUAGAAUUUCCAGAGUUCAAGUCACCGUGAUAAAUAGUUUGGAUGUCCACUGUGUUCAAUCCCUGUUAGCUACAAAGAGACUUCUUAUUUUAAUUCACCUCCCUCAGUACUGAAUUUUUUCUCUUGGAGCACUUAGGAAAGGGGGUUGGGACAGAAAUGAGCAGUACUGGCUCAGUUACAGUCAACAUUUACUUCUAAGUCUGUAGUAUGAUUAGAAAUAUUUGAAGUUGCUGUUGAGAAAAAAAAUUCUUCCUUUCUCUAAAGAGGCGCCUACUAAUCAGUGUACUUAGAUAAACAAAAUACCUUAAGUUUCAGUUAAGAAAAAAAUGAUUUCAGAAAUAUUUAAAAACAUUUUUCUUUCUCUCAGUAUAGGAAAAAAUACCAAUCCUGACAUAUUUGAUAAUUAAGAUUAUGCCAAAUUAUACUGAAAAUUGUUUUUCAGUUGCAACAGCUUGCUUUUAAGAGCUAUAGGAAUCUGUUAAUGUAACUAUUAAAUGAGAAGUAGGUUGAAAAGAUGUUAUAUAUUCAUAAUUAUGCUGUAUCACAAGUAUGUUUCAAGAUACCAAAAUAAAUUUUGUUGAAAAU